AUGCGUCUUCUUAAGCUGCUGGAUGAACACGCGUUCAUUUUGACCGAGUUCACGGGCAGCAGCCUGCCUCCGUAUGCAAUUCUUUCGCACACAUGGGGCAUUGGCGAUGAGGAAGUUACUUACCAGGAUAUGAAAAGUGGCGUGGGUCGGGACAAGGUCGGGUACAGCAAGCUCACUUUCUGCGCAAAGCUGGCCCGACAAGAUGGGCUGGAGUACUUCUGGGUCGACACAUGCUGCAUUGAUAAGUCGAGCAGUGCAGAGCUUUCGGAAGCCAUUAAUUCGAUGUUCAAAUGGUAUAGAGAAGCCGCGCAAUGCUACGUGUAUCUCUCGGACGUGAUAGCAGAUGGUUUUACUCGAGGAUGGACACUGCAAGAACUCCUGGCCCCCAAAUCUGUACGUUUCUUCACUACAGAUGCUGAGUGUAUUGGAACAAGGGAGUCCCUUCUCCAGCCUAUUCAGAUUGCGACUGGAAUAGCACUAGGUGCUCUCGAGGGACAACCUUUGGACCAGUUCAGCAUCGAGGCGCGAUUCUCCUGGGCAGAGCGACGGCAAACUACGCGGGAGGAAGAUGAGGCCUACUCUAUGCUUGGUAUCUUCGGCGUGUUUCCACCUCAGAUCUAUGGCGAAGGGAGACUGAGCGCCCUGAGGCGACUUCGAAAGGAAAUCAAGUCUGAGAAAACGCCCCUUUGA